AUGGGCCCAAACCCUCCGGCAGAGGGCUACAAUCCAUCCGUCGAACUCCUCCGUACAACCGAAUACCCUCAGCUGUCUAACGCCGUCUACCUUGACCAUGCCGGCACAACGCCCUACGCGCGGUCGUUGAUCGACCGCUUCGCCCGCGACAUGACGACUACCUCGAUGCUGGGCAAUCCGCAUUCGGCUUCAUCCUCAUCACAGCUGGCCACAGCGCGCAUUGAGGAUACCCGAGUGCGCGCCCUGCGUUUCUUCGGCGCUGACCCGGCCUUGUUCGACUUGGUGUUCGUCGCCAACGCAACCGCGGGGAUUCGGCUCGUCGCCGAUGCUCUGCGAUGCGACCCAUCUGGCGGGUUCGAUUACGUCUAUCACCUGGCGAGCCACACAAGUUUAGUAGGUGUCAGGGAGGAAGCAAAGCGGAGUGUAUGCGUGGACAGCGCGCAGGUUGAGGGUUGGCUGGACAAGGGAGCAUCUCCUUUCGAAGGUGAUAACUUGGAGGGAGAAGAGGAUCGGCCAAUUUUGUUUGCUUACCCAGCCCAAUCGAACAUGGACGGCAGGCGAUAUCCCCUCAGCUGGCCUGGGAGGUUCCGCAGGAGCCAGGAGGCUGCUAGGCGGAGAGCAUAUACCUUACUAGAUGCUGCCGCGCUAGUAUCUUCCUCGCCGUUAGAUCUUAGCGACGCCGAAACGGCCCCCGAUUUUACGGUGCUCAGCUUCUACAAGAUCUUUGGCUUCCCAGACCUGGGAGCCUUGAUCGUCCGGCGAGGGGAGGCCGAAGAAAUAUUCCAAUCGCGGAGGUACUUUGGUGGAGGUACAGUCGAUAUGGUUGUCUGCUUAAGGGAGCAAUGGCAUGCUCCAAAGACUCAGUUUGUACACGAACGGCUGGAGGAUGGAACGCUGCCGGUCCACAGCAUAAUAGCACUUGAUGCAGCAUUGGACGUACACCAACAGUUGUUUGGGUCGAUGGCCGGCGUUGCGGCGCACACAGCGUUUUUGACGAGAAGACUCUACCGCGGACUACAGACGUUGAGACAUUGCAACGGGGAACCUGUUUGCGUUCUCUAUUCGGCAGAUCCCGAUAAAAUGGAGAACGGACAGCGUAGCGGUCCUAUCAUUGCCUUCAAUAUCCGCAAUAGCAUUGGCGAUUGGGUUAGUCUUGCAGAGGUUGAGAAGCUUGCGACGUUGAAGGGGUUCCAUAUCCGUACCGGCGGUGUCUGCAAUCCGGGCGGUAUUGCAUCAGCCCUGGGACUCCAACCAUGGGAGAUGAAACAGAACUUCAGCGCAGGCUUCCGCUGCGGGACGGACAACGACAUCAUGGCUGGAAAACCCACAGGAGUGAUCCGGGCCAGCCUCGGUGCCAUGAGCACCAUCACUGAUGUAGAUAGUUUUGUGGCAUUUGUGGACGAGUUCUACCGUGAUGUGCGAGCACCGUCACCAACUCCUCUGACUAGACAGCUCGCUCCUCCAAGGGAAUCCCGACCGUCUCUCUAUAUCUACAGCCUCUCCAUCUUUCCAAUCAAGAGCUGCGCCAAGUUCGAGAUCCCGCCUGGGGUCGACUGGGAGGUAAGGCCAGAGGGUCUUGCCUGGGACCGGGAGUGGUGUCUGGUUCAUGAGGGUACUGGCCAGGCACUCAGUCAGAAGCGGUACCCGAAGAUGGCACUCAUCCGACCCCGUCUUGACUUGGAGCAAGGCUUGCUACGGGUUCGCUACACAGGAACACUGCCUGACAAAGUCCCCGAAGAGAUCAGCGUCCCAUUGUCCAAAAACCCUGCGCUAUUUCAGCGUCCUACGGCCUCACAAUUCAGACCGUCGCUCGUAUGUGGCGAAGAAAUUACCGCCCAAACGUACUCCAGUCCUGAGAUCAACAGCUUCUUCUCUGCCGUUCUCGAUGUACCCUGUCAGCUCGCACGCUUCCCGGCCGGCGGUCAAGGGAAGAGUAUGCGACACGCCAAAGCACAUCUGCAGAAGCACCAGCUCUCGGGCUCAUCCAGACCCAGCCAACCGUUAAUGACCGCCAAUAUGCCAGGGGCAUUCCCCGACGGACCGCCAUCUCCUCCCGACUCAGAUUCGGAGAAGAGGGUUCCCCGUGCAGGGCCAGCAGCACCUCGUCGCAUUCUGCUUUCCAACGAAAGCCCCAUCCUGGUCAUCACCCUACCCAGCGUGGACGCACUUAACCGGGAGAUUCAGUCGCGCACUUCUCAUGUCUCCUCGCCGAAAGAAAGCAAACCCAUUUCACCGGAUGUCUUCCGCGCCAACAUCGUCCUUGCCUCUUUUGAGCCAGAAGCAGUCCAGCCCUACGCCGAGGACUUGUGGGACUCGCUACAUAUCAUUGACAAGCGUGGCCGGGCACAUGCCUUUGACAUGCUGGGAGCGUGUCGUCGGUGCUUUAUGAUCUGCAUCGAUCAGGAUACCGCUGAGAAGAGGGAAGAGCCGUUUGUCACGCUCUCGAAAACGAGACGGUUCGAUGGAAAGGUGUUCUUUGGGGUGCAUAUGGGGCUUGCUGAGGGGGCAGAGGGAGUGCCAACGAUCAGGGUUGGGGAUACGGUUGCUCCUUCGUAUGACUGA